CGUCCGAUCAUGUUGCUCUUGUGAUCCACGGUCCACAUCCACCCCCACCAAUACAUAGUACUCCUACAUUGGAAUCUCGUGGCGAAUGAUUCCCCGCCGGUUCUUCAGCGCAUCAAUGGCGGCACUCGUGUUGCCGCCCUCGCCGUUGCCGGCGAGCUCCUUCGCCCGCGCUAGAUUCACUGCUCCUCUUUGUCGUGCCGCCGUCCCCCUCCCUCCCCGAAGGAGUUCCCUUAGCACGCGCCUUCAAUCGAGUAUUGCGAAUGGUGAUCUUAGCACUGGCUCGGAGGAGCAGUCUGAGAUCAUUUUUGUGGGUACUGGAACAAGUGAAGGAAUUCCUCGAGUGAGCUGCCUCACUGACCCUUCUAAAGCAUGUGAGGUUUGCUUGAAAGCUGCUCAGCCUGGCAACAAGAAUCGGAGGCGCAAUACGAGCAUCCUUGUUCGAUAUGUCAGUUCAUUGGGAAGAUUUAACAUUCUUGUAGAUGCUGGAAAGUUUUUCUAUCAUAGUGCUCUUCAAUGGUUUCCCACUUAUGGGUUGAGAAAUAUUGAUGCAGUUAUCAUUACUCAUUCUCAUGCAGACGCAAUUGGAGGUCUAGAUGAUCUCCGUGAUUGGACAAAUAAUGUUCAAUCACACAUCCCAAUCUAUGUGAAUAAUCGUGAUUUUGAGGUGAUGAAGAAGACCCACUACUAUUUAGUAGACACAAGCGUAGUUGUACCUGGUGCUGCUGUCUCAGAGCUGCAAUUUAAUCUUAUUAAGGAGGAACCUUUUAUUGUUCACAAUCUCAAGGUUUGCAGUUCUAUUUAUUUAUUGACAGUAUUACCAAAAGAAUAAUCUCAACAAACCUUGGCCACAAUGAAGGACUAACUAUGAGAUUGAGAGUUAAAACGAAUUUAAAAUAUGUUGGCACUUAGAGUGUUAUUCGUUUUCUUACAAGGUCAAGUACUUCUAUUUUCAACAAUCCACAUUGUCUAUCACUGGAAUGCUGGAGGAUUUUGCUGAUUGUGAAUAGUUUAUACAGUUAUGAUAGAGUUAUAGGUGUAUUUUCUUUUCUUGUUGAAGGUAUGAAAACGAGAUUUUUUCCCCUUGACAUGAUCUUGCAGCCUGAGGGAAGUAAUUUGUCUUGGGAUGAGAUUUAGCAUUACUAAAACUAAAUUCAGGAUUGUGGGAUUAAAAGGAAUUUGUUUAAGAUGAAUAUAUUAAGAACUCUAUAUAUAAUUUAAUAAACUAAUUUUUUGUAUAAAAAUUUAAAUCAAUCCAUGCAUAUGCAUAGCAUUUAAAUUUUGUACAAUUGAGGUAUGCUACAAGGGCAACCAUCUGUGAAUCAAAACAAUGUCUAAGUGAACCAUUUACAAUCUGCCAUAGGAGUUAUUCACAUACUUGUGUGAUGAUUUAUGGUACACUUAAUUACUUUAUAGCAAGCCGGCUUCAUCUGUAA